AUGUCCCCUGAUCCGCUCCAGCCGCCCCCGACGCCCACCCCCACGUCCACGUCCCCGCCGCCGCCGCCACCGCUGCCGCUGCGCACGACGCCGAGCAGCCUCGCGCUCGACGACCCCCCGCCGCCGUACCCCUCGCGCGAGAGGCGUGCGCGUGCGGGGCGCAGGGGGCGCCGGGGAACGGGCGGGGCGGCUGCUGCUGUGGGUGGUGGGAUUGGGAGUGGAGGCGCGGGGACGGCGCGUGUGCAACAGGCUAGUGGGACGGAGGAGGAUAAUGACGGGCAGCGCGGGGGCGGCGGCGGCGGCGGUGGUGGGGUAGGACCUCCGCGGGCGUAUGCGUUUCCGCUAGAAGUAGACGAGCAGGGGGAGUGGGCGGGCGAGACGACGCCGCUGCUGCUGCCCGCGCGCGGGCACGAGCGCGGACGGGUUCCCGCGCAGCACGAGCACGAGCACGAGCACGAGCGCGGGCGGACGAUCUCGCAGUCGAGCACGGUGUUUAGCGGGCUGAGCGCGUCGCCGAGCUUUGCGCAGACGGUGGCGAGUGCGUUUCGGAUGGGGAUGGAUUCGGACGGGGAUGAGGGCGCGGGGUACGAGGGCGAGGGCGAGGGCGAGGGCGAAGGCGAGGGUGAGGAGCACGCGGACGCGGACGCGGGACAGCACGCGAGGAGCGCGGGGCGGGGGCGCGGACGGGGGCGGUGGAGGCGGUAUUUCCGGCCGAUGGGGCGCGGGGCGUAUUGGGCGGCGUUGUUCCAUUUGCUGGUGAUCAAUUUCCCGUACGCGCUGGUGGCGUCGGUGUUCUUGUUCGUGUUCACGCUGCUUGGGACGACGCUGUUGGUCGCGCUGCCGCUCGGCGCGGUGUUGUGUUUCUUUGACCUGCUCGGUGCUCGGACACUUGCGCGGGGCGAGGUGUUGCUGCAAAAGACCUUCCAUGGGCCCCUGGCGUACGAAUUAGAGUAUCCACUGGCGCCUAUAUUUACGCGGCGACGGGCACCCACGACCGGGGAGGUCGAGGCGGGGCUCCCAGCGGUGAGAGAGCGGUCUUUCUAUCGCAACACGUAUUCCAUGUUUACGGACCCGACGUCAUAUCAAGCGCUGUUCUACUUUCUGGUCAUCAAGCCGAGUAUCACGCUCCUGCUGUCGCUGCUGCUCGUCGUGGUGGUGCCGGUAUCGCUGGCGCUGGUGCUGCCCGCGCCGUGGAUGCUGCGGCUGGUGCGGCGGCUGGGGCUGUGGCAGGCGAACGUGGCGGUGGAGGGGUUGUACAUGGGCGGAGGGUGAGGAGGGCAGGCUGUGAUGUACCUAGAUAUUGCAAUUGGCCAGAGGGCUGCAUAGGUU